CGGCCGGCGGGCGGUGGCGCCCCUUCCCCAGGUGUUGCGGCGCUUCCACGUCGCCAGGCGGCCCGCGGCUUGCGCGAGCCCAGGCCGCCCCAGCGUCCGGAGCGCCGGCCCUUGGGCUCCCGCGGCCAUGGCGGGGCCGGGCCCUGGGGACCCGGACGAGCAGUACGAUUUCCUGUUCAAGCUGGUGCUGGUGGGCGACGCGAGCGUGGGCAAGACGUGCGUGGUGCAGCGCUUCAAGACAGGCGUCUUCUCCGAGCGCCAGGGCAGCACCAUCGGCGUGGACUUCACCAUGAAGACGCUGGAGAUCCAGGGCCAGCGGGUCAAGCUGCAGAUCUGGGACACGGCUGGCCAGGAGCGCUUCCGCACCAUCACCCAGAGCUACUACCGCAGCGCCAACGGGGCCAUCCUGGCGUACGACAUCACCAAGAGGAGCUCUUUCCUGUCCGUGCCUCACUGGAUUGAGGACGUGAGGAAGUACGCGGGCUCCAACAUCGUGCAGCUGCUCAUCGGGAACAAGUCGGACCUCAGGGAGCUGAGGGAGGUGCCGCUGGCCGAGGCGCAGAGCCUGGCGGAGCACCACGACAUCCUGUGCGCCAUCGAGACGUCGGCCAAGGACUCGAGCAACGUGGAGGAGGCCUUCGUGAGGGUGGCCACGGAGCUGGUCAUGCGGCACGGGGGCCCCCUGCUCAGCGAGAAGGGCGCUGACCACAUCCAGCUGGACAGCAAGGACGUCGGAGAGAGCUGGGGCUGCGGGUGCUGACCGGGGUGCAGGGCAGGCAGGCGGGGCUGCCCCACCUCCUCCCGCCCUCUGGCCGCCUCGCCCAGCCCUCCAGAGCUGGCCUCCAGGGUGCCAGCCAGAUAAAGGCCUGGAAUUACCCCGCCUGUGGCCUGGAUGCUUGAUGGGAGCACUGCCCUCCAGGAAGGAAGAAGCAGGAUUCCUCCCGCGGGAGGCCCUGUUGGCACAGGGUAGGGUGUGGGGCCCUUCCUGCCAGCCAGCCGCUGUCCCCGCCACACAUGGCGCGUCCCAGGACUGGCCUGAGCCCAGCGGUGUGGACCUUGGCCCAGGGGCUGGGAGUGGGACCGUUUCACACCCGAGGAGGCCGCAGCAGGGUGUUGCUUUCCAGGGAUGUGGCCGGAGCUCCGGGUCCUCCCAGGGCAUUCCAGGGCCUCCUGUGCAGGAGCAAUGGCCCAGCAGACUCAGUCCUGAGCUCCAUCCCGGGGUCCCUGCCUCCCUCCUUCCUUCACGGCCGGCUCUCAGCUCACGGGCGCCCAGGGCCGGCUCCUGCCUCAGCGGGGCCUCCCUCUCCCAUUUCCAUGGAGCUUCUCGUUCUCACCGGCACGACGGUGGGUCACGGCCUACAGCGCUCGUCUGCUGGCUUGGGGCCCAAAGUUCUGCCACUCAGGUUGCAAAAGCAGCGAAUCCUUUAGCUCUGGCUCUCCGAAGCUGGGGGGUAGUGGGAAUGAGAUAGGAGUGUGGACAUUUAAGGGAAGAGUAAACGCUCACACCCCUGAGCCCCGCCUGUCCCACCCCACUUGCAGAGAUCCUGCCACGUUCAGAGCGCCAGUUCCCCCGCCACUCCCAGUCUAGCUUAGAGAGUUUCCCACACAGAAAAGGCGCGGCCCCGGCAGGCCUGGGUCUGGGCCCACCCACGCUAAUGGCCUCUGCGUACGCUGGCCACUGAGGGUAGACAGCAGGGGACCAGGAUCACUGGGGCCCUUGGAAGCAGCACCGUUCUCUGGGUGCAGCUCAGAGGGGCGCAGGGACCGAACUGGGGGAGCAGGUGGUCUUCCCAAGCCAACCUCAGCCCCUCCCAUCAGCCCAGUUCAGCCCUGCAGGCCCCCCCCAGUAUGGGGCCCCAGGAAAUCAGCUGCUCUCAGAGCCGUGGGCGAGGCCACAUCAGGGAGACACAGCCCAGGGCCCCUGAGAGCCCAGAGGUGCCACACAGCUGCACUCGGGCUCCCUGCCUGCCAUCCCAGCACCUGGUCUGCGUCGAACCCUCCCAGGCAGGCCUGGACGCAGAGCAGGAAGUCGGACCUUGCCAGGCAGCCCCAGGAGGUGGGUCGGGCAGGGCUGCUGGCCCUUCCAGCCGCGGAGGCUGAGCCUGGUCCUGGAGGGGACGGACGCUGGCCUGGCCGGGCCAGGAGCUGCUGAGCAGGGGUCAGCCCGCUGUCGGCCGCGUGGGGUGGGAACUGGGAGCAAGAAGGCCGCCUGGCUUCCCUCCCCCGUCCCUGCUGAUGGGAUGGGGUCCAGCCCCUCCACCUGCACAGUAGAAAGUGCCUGCACUGAGGGGUUCCCCAGAGAGGGGCCCCCUUCAGGCCAAGGGCAGAGGUCCUCCAGCCCCAUGACCUCUCUGCUGGGGGCUGAUGUUUGGGCAGAGCUGGGCGUUCAGUCCAGGCCCAGCUGGGAGAGAAGUCUCACAGAGACCGCCUUGCACAGACUUGCUGCUCUGGGGGGUGGGGUGCAUGCAAGGAGCAGUGGCCAGGACUGCGCCCCAGUUCCAGCGAGCACAGGUACUGACCCCGGGCCCAGGGCUGCCUCACAGGGCUUAGGGAAGGAGGGAGGCCCCCAGCUCACCUCCUCCAGAAGGAGCCCUGCCGGGCUGCCGGGAGCAGCAUCCAGGGUACACAGGUACAGGAAACACCAGUGACAGGGGCUCAUCUGCCACCUUGGGCUGUGAGCCAUCCCCCUACGCCUGUGCCCGGAACCCUGCACGGGGGAGGUGGCCUCACGGUGGCCCUUCCUCACCCAGAACCAAGGAAGCAGCACUUCACUCUCUCCUUUCACAAUCCCAGGGCCCAGUGGGUCUCCUGCCACCCAUCCUCUGCACGAAGCAGCCUCACUCCAGGGCUGUAGCCUAGAACUCAGGGGUCAUUUCAGGCUCCCCACUUUCUCCCCCACCCUACAACCGUGCCCCCGGCCCCUCUGCCCAGAUGGGCCCCAUCCCCUCCCCUGGAUGCCUCCCUGACCUCCUUGGCCUGGGCUUCCACCACCCCAAGCACCAUCCCGCUGCUGUGAGGGGGGCAGCUAUGAAAGGUCCCUCCCCCAUCCUGACACCUUCCAGUCGUCCCCGGGCCCUCGGGAGGCAGGCCAUCCUCACGCGGGUGUCCAAGGCCUCACACAGCUCCGUUCCUUCUCCCCUGCACCGUCUUGCCCACAGGAGCAGCUUCUGUCCAGGCCCUUCCUGCCCUCCCCCCCUUACCAGCCCUGCCCUUGAAUGCGUGCCAUUUAGAAUCCCACAGAUGACCAGCUGGACACCUCUGAGGACAGGCCCCAGCUGGUCCCUUGCUCACCGUACCCCCUGGCAAGAAUGCGUUCCUUCCCUACCCACGCUUGGCCUGCGAGGUUCCCGUCCUGGGCCGAAGCCAUUCCCUAGAGGCUUCCCGUCCUCCGUCUCAGACCCAAAUGCCAGUGCUCAGGGCCUCCCGGGGCGUGCUGCCGGCUGCCUGCUCUGGGGUGCCCUGGCAGGUGGGGGCCUCACUACCUCUCUGGGCCUAAGUCCUCUGUCAGAUGGGCCCAGACGGAUGGACUUGGCCAAGGGACAACGGGGAAGUGUGUAAGACAGCACUGCCCCGCCUCUUCCCUCUCCCAGCGCCUCUUCCUUUGUUUAUAAGUUACCCAAGAACAGGAGCAGGUGAGGUCAGGGGCCAGGGACCAGGAGAGGAAGCCGGGCAGGAGGGCCAGGAAGUGUCCCAGCCACCGGGCGGAGGAGGGUGGUCUGUGGCCUGGACUGAAGGAGGACCAGAGGAAGGCUGGUGUUUUAUGCUCCCGGGAGGGGGGCAGGCAAGGGACAGGGAUCCGGACUCCUGAGCCAGAGACGUGGGCCCGGCCCAGAGGGCGGGGUGGGUGUCGGGGUGGAGCUCAAGGACACGGGCCCCAGCAGGCGUGAAGCUGGAGGAAGUUCCUAAUUCACAUUGAAUGCAGUUACUUCUCCCCGGAGGGCUGCCGAGGCUGGGACCUCAGAGACCUCUGAGCCUGCACCUGGGCCGGGGUGGGGAGGGCCUCAGCCCAAGGAUGCCAUUGCAUUUGGGGAGUUUUCACGUUGCCUAUUUAUGAAUAUAUAAAUCUUUAUAGCGAAUCUAUUUUUUAAAACAUGGAAAAGUUGCCUUUAUGGAGACUUAGCAGAGCCAGAGUGUACGCAUUCCUAAACCAUUAAACGUUUCUGUAACGA